AUGAUACCCUCGAGAGACCGGAAUAAAAGCGUCAAUGAUAAUAAUUACUUGAAAAGGUCGUUUGCGCAGGUGGAAGACCCAAAAUCAUUAUACCCACACGACGUCCAAUGCGAUAUCCAUAAUACGGCAAUGUCUAUCCAGAUGCUUAAUGAGUUUAAUAAUAACCUUCCACGGAUUGCCCCUACGAAUCGAAGAUCCCGUUCUCACUCCCGAUCAGAAAUAUCCACCUUACCAAAUUCUCCCUGUCUUUCCUCUUCAUUCCCGGCCUUCAUGGCUACUACGUUGGCUGCGGUGGAUGGGUCAAGUUUCCAUUAUACUGAUGAGAAAAAAGACAGCUGUUUGGGGCCAAGGAAAAUCAUGGACAUACGCCGCACGGUAGCUGCAGCCACAUUGACCUCACCAAACACUGCUUCAACUUCAGCAUCAUCCAUUUCCGCUGUCACAACGACGAAUACAACACUAGCACACGGUCUCAGCCGUCCCCACACUGCUGUUGGCUCUUCUCUUACCGCUCAACAGGUUCCUAUUCGUUUCCUUCGCCGCGAAAGCCUAUCCGUCGCUUCUGGUUCUGCCGAUUCUUCACCUACCACUACUAUCUCUACCUUCGAUUCUCCUGUCGUUCUAGACCCAUCCCCAAGCUCUUCACCAGAAUCUCCGUCCUCCGUGCUUCCUCUUCCGUCUCUCAAACCUAUCUCACGUCUUACGAAUGAUGAUCGACUGCCUGUCCAACUGCAGACAGAGUCGCGUAUGAAGUCACCUCCGUCUCUCGCUGCUCAUAGCCAAUACCAAUUCCCACCAGAGUCCCCAACACGGAGAGCUCGAAAUUUAAAGAACUUAUCCCUUAAAUUACCUCCUAUUUCGUCGUCUCGACAGACUAUUGCUACGGCCCCUAUUAGAGAUCCUCCACAUAAUAUCUCAGCACCCUCUUCUCCCAUACAACCUAAUAGCAGAAAUCUGCGACGGAAAGCUCCAAACCUUACCAUACAAACACCUUCCUUUGAUCGAUCAUUUUCUUCUAAUAUUGCAGAGGUCGUCCCUCCUACCCCAAAUACUCGACCAACCCUUCGACAUAUUGAAUCCUCGCCUUCUCUUAACUCGAUAUUUUCUCCAACUGCGCCGUCUAAACCUUCAUUAGCUCUCCCAGGCUUAUUCUUCCAAUCGUCGAAACGGCCUAUGCCAGGUACGUGGGAGGAUCGUAUAUUUCCAGAUCGACCCUCCUUUUCGACCCAGCCAAGUUUCCAAAGUAGAGAAGCCUUGCAUGAACUUGUCGAGGAAGAUGAUCCGCCAAUAUCGCGCGAAUCGUGUAAGGGUAGCGAUAAAGGGUAUCCUGACGGCCCUAUUUUAAUAUAUGACUCAGGUCUCUAUCUUUACCUGGAACCUAGCUGUGAAGAAGCCAUGAAAUUCGAUGUGGUUAUUAAUGUUGCAAAGGAGGUGGCUAACCCGUUCGAGAAAGCUGAGCUGAAACAGAACACCGUGGUAUCUGUCUGGAAGGCCACAUUGCCCGACGCCCAACGGCGACAGUCGUCGGUCGUGGAACCGGAUACAGCACAUUCGGAAAUUUCUUUCAAGUCUGCUUUUGAGUUUCAACCGGUUGAAGUGGAGUCACCAUCUACUCCCAAGCCCAACUCUCCUGAGCAACCAGAAUACAUACAUGUGCCUUGGGAUCAUAACUCGGAAAUUCUUGAUGACUUGUAUCCGCUUUGCAAGCUCAUUGAUUCCAGGAUUUCACAAGGAAAAAAGGUCUUGAUUCAUUGUCAGUUAGGGGUUAGUAGGUCUGCGUCGCUGGUCAUUGCGUAUGGGCUGUACAAGAAUCCAGAUAAGGAUUUUAAUGCUAUGUAUAGCAUUGUAAAGAGUCGGAGUUGUUGGGUUGGUCCGAAUAUGAGUUUGAUCUAUCAACUUACCGAUUUCCGGUUGCGGGUUCAGGAGUGUAGUGGAAGUGGAGGUGGAGGUGGAAGUGGGGGCUGGGUGUCUUUUAGGAGAUCGCCACGAGAAGAGUGGUUUAACAAUUCGUCAUCUCGCAGCAUAAAAAUGACGGAACAACCAACGCCACCAGAGUUCUCCUCGUCGAUAUCCACAGCCCCAAAACUAGCACGACCGCCAAUCCCCCUUUUUCAUCAAGCUGCAGGCGACCCUAAGCAAAAUUCUCCAACCACACACUCUUUCACAAACCAUUUCACCGGGUCAGCCACCACGCAAUUAAAACCCCAACCCUCAAAACAGCGCCGCAACCCCUCACCUUCCCCCCGUCCCCUCCCCCUCCGUGAAAAAUACCAAACUUUCCACUCCCUCAGUCGCCCCCGUUACGAAUCCACCACCACUUCCACAACAACCACAUCAACCACUGCGACCACCACCACAACAACAACAACCACCAUCCCCUCCUACCGUACAAUUCCCCGCUCAUCUACCGUCCAAAUGGACCAGGUCAUGCAAGACGACAACAUCCCAACAACACCAUUUCUCUUCUCUCCCCGUGCCGCUGAGUUUUGGAGAACGCCGUUUGCCCGUACUGAUGCGGGGGAUCUUGCAUUUCAUGAUUCAUCUCCGUUAUCUGGUACAGGUGCUGUAUCAUCGCCUCGUGUUUCCAUGGAGCUGAUGUCGCCCACAUUUCCGCCACUGGGUUUCGUUCGGCCGGUUGUCGGGUCCCCACUUGUAGCUGGGAUGGCGGAUCCACGGUCACCACCGCAGCAAAGGAGGGAGCCGGUAUUUAUGCGGAACAUUGAUGAAUUUCUUUGA